GUAUCAAGUCCCCGUUCAGUUUAACUCGGCGAAAAGAACAUUUUUUUGAUAAUAAAAUUUGAUAUAAAAUAAACAAAAUCUGUGCAUUAAAUUUGUUAAAAAUGCAGGCAAACUUGAGACAAGCCGUUACUUUAUUAUCAAAGACAAAUUACAAUGCCAUUCGAUCAGCUGGUGUCUUGUACAGCCGAAAUUAUUCAACCACACAUGAUGCUGAUAUUGUUGUAAUUGGGGGCGGUCCAGGUGGCUACGUUGCAUCAAUCAAGGCAGCACAAGUUGGUCUCAAGACAGUCUGUAUUGAGAAGAAUGAUACACUCGGUGGCACUUGCUUAAAUGUUGGAUGCAUUCCAUCAAAGGCUCUCCUUAAUAAUUCUCAUUAUUAUCAUAUGGCUCAUUCAGGAGACCUCAAUAGCCGUGGUAUUAUCUGCGAGAAUGUUAAAUUGGAUCUUGAUGUACUCAUGGGACAGAAAACAAAUGCAGUCAAAGCAUUAACAGGUGGCAUUGCACAGCUAUUUAAAAAGAACAAAGUGACUCACUUGAAUGGAUGGGGAACUAUCACAGGUCCAAACCAAAUUCAAGCUAAAAUGAGUGAUGGAUCUGUUGAAACUGUUAAUACAAAAUACAUGAUUGUUGCUACUGGAUCUGAAGUCACACCAUUCCCAGGAAUCCCAAUUGAUGAGGAAGUGAUUGUGUCAAGUACUGGUGCUUUAACAUUAAAGCAAGUUCCUAAAAAAAUGGUUAUUAUUGGUGCCGGUGUUAUUGGAUUAGAAUUGGGCUCAGUUUGGUCUCGUCUUGGCUCAGAAGUUAUUGCCGUUGAAUUCCUUACAUCCAUUGGUGGUCUUGGAAUUGAUGGCGAAGUUUCUAAAUCGUUCCAGAAAAUUCUCACUAAACAAGGAAUGCAAUUUAAGCUUGGAACUAAAGUAAUGGGAGCUACAAGACAUGGAGAUAGUGUUACAGUAUCUGUAGAAUCUGUUAAGGAUGGAACUAAGGAAGACAUUGAAUGUGAUUGUUUACUCGUUUGUAUUGGACGUAGACCUUACACUGAAGGCUUGGGACUUGAAAAUGUUGGAAUCGCAACUGAUGAUCGUGGCAGAAUUCCAGUUAAUGCCAUGCUUCAAACUAUUGUACCUAACAUUCAUGCCAUUGGUGACGUCAUUCAUGGACCAAUGUUGGCUCACAAAGCUGAAGAUGAGGGAAUUAUUUGUGUUGAAGGAAUUCAAGGUGGUCAUGUGCAUCUCGAUUACAAUUGUGUACCAUCUGUUGUCUAUACUCAUCCAGAAGUUGCAUGGGUUGGAAAAACAGAAGAGGAUCUUAAAAAGGAGGGUGUUGAAUAUAAAGUUGGUAAAUUCCCAUUCAUGGCUAAUUCUCGUGCAAAGACAAACAACGAGACAGACGGUUUCGUGAAAGUACUCGCUGACAAAGCUACUGAUAGAAUUUUGGGAACUCAUAUGAUCGGACCAGGAGUCGGUGAAUUAAUCAAUGAAUCUGUAUUAGCUAUGGAAUAUGGAGCAUCUGCAGAGGACGUCGCUAGAGUAUGUCACGCGCAUCCAACAUGCUCUGAAGCUCUCCGAGAGGCAAAUCUUGCAGCUUAUAUUGGAAAACCAAUUAAUUUCUAAGCAUUAAGGAUAAGAUUUACAAACAAAAAAACGAAUCCGUUGACUUAAUAUUCAACACACGAGAUACAUGAAAAAAAAACAUUUAAAUAUCGUACAUAAUUAUGGCUAAAAUGAAAUCCUUGAAGAAUAAUUUUUUGUGUUUAGAGAAUAAAUUAAUAAACUUAAUUUAAAGAAUCUGAA